GCACAAGCCAAUUAUAUUGCUUGUUAGCAUAAACAAAUUAAAUUACAUAUAUACAGCUAUAUAGCAAUGGCGGGCAGGAAGAUCCUCCUCCUCCUCCUACUUUGUGCCAUGGAUAGGGUAGCAGUGGUAGUGCUCGCCGUCGCAGGGCAGCAAGGCGCCGAUCCGCGGGCACUGCCGGCGGAGUGGGCGACGGCGAUAAAGUACAAGGCCACCAUGGACGUGAAGACGCGCCAGGCUUUCGACGGCGUGGUGGCUGCCGCUCCGGCGGAGAAGCGUUCGGAGGCCGUGGAAGCCGUGCUGCAGCAGCAGCUCAACAUGGACGUCUCCCUGGGCAAGGCCACGGCGUCCGGCGACGAGAACAACUUCGUGAGCGUGGCCGGCGCGUACGAGAAGGCGGCCGACGCCGUCAUCGCGGCGUCGCCGGCGAACAAGCUGGGCACGAUGGCGUUCGCGUUCAACGGCGUGGUGGCGCCGGACCCGGGCAGGUGCACCGCCGCCGCCGCCGCCGACAAGCCCUUCUGCGAGACGUACGCCAAGACGGAGAAGGCCUUCGCCGGGGUCAUCGCCACGGGGGACUCGCCGCGGACGAGGCUGGGGUUCACGGACGUGGUGCUCAAGCAGAGGCUCGCCACCGACGCCGCCAUCAACAAGGCGUACGCCGAGGGGGACAAGGACAAGAUCGCCAAAAUCCUUGCUGCCUACGCGCAGGCCGCCGACGCGGUCGCUGCCGCCGCGCCUCCUGAAAAGCUCAGAGUCAUGGAGCAGACCUUCUCGGCGGUGGCCGCCGCCGCUCAUCAGCCUGCAGCUGCUGCAAAAGCUUAAUUAAUAAAGCUCCUCCACGUACGUACACUACGGAUCGGAAUUAACAAGUACUUCCAUUCAGUAAAAAUGUGUGCCGUUUUUUCUUUUUCUUAUUUCUUUCUUUCCAUUAUUGCUAGAGAAACGGUUUUUUUUUUCGGGGCCGGGCAUAUAUAUAUAAGAGGCAAUACAUGCAUGCAUGCAUGCACCUGUAGUAGUGUGACGAUAAAGGUAUACUACUCCUGACUUGUGUAAUUGUAAUUGUAUAAUUGUUGUUUUUAUAUAUUUUUUUGUUGUUUGGAAGUAUA